AUGAGAAUCAUAGAAACCGACGAACAAGCAGCUACCGAAGAUGAAGUAUUGUCGUUGGUUCUUGAUGGAACAUUCCAACCUUCAUUACUGAAGGCGUAUAUUGAACACAUUUCUGAUGAAAACAGUUUGAAAUGGAACUUUCAAAUCGCUGAAGCAAUAAUGGAAAAUAAACCGUUACAAGUCCUUAAACUAGCAGGAAGUCAUCAAUUCAACGGUCAGGAUCAGAAAGAAAUCGCUCUGAUUUUAGUUGGCUGUGCAUGUGAAAUGAUUAAUAUCGAGACAUCCGAGGUGUCCAAAACGGAAGUUCAAAACAAUGGUCCCCAGGAAAUUGAUCGCUCCCAAAUUAAAGUUUCCGGUAAAAACUCGAAAACCUCUGGCGAUAAUAAAGAUCCAAAAUCCUUGAAGACAGGAUACGAUGGACACAUAUCUGAAGGAUGUGUUCAAAUGUACUCGGAGAAAUACGAAGAGGAUCCUGCGAACAUCCACCUUUAUUUCCAAAACCUCGCCAACUCAACUCCAACUAGAAUCAGAGCUCGCAACGCAACAAGUUUGAAUCGAAAGAAGAGAGAAAGUUGA